AUGAAUAAGUUAAAAAUAGAAGUUUUGAGAAGAAAUAAAAUAAAUAAAUAAUAAAAAUAAUUUGCCUUGAUAUAAUUGUUUUAAUUUGAACGACUAUUUUACAUCAAUAUUAAAGAAAUAGAUUCCAAUUUUAUAAUUAUUUUGUUAAUGACAAAUUUAUAUAAAAAAUACAAAAAUAGAUUUGUAAUAGUUAUUUAUAACUAAUAUAUUUGUUAAAACAAUCUUUUUAGGUUAAAUUAUAAAAAUUUAAAAAAAUAGAUGCAAUUUUUAACAUUACUUCAAUUACUGUACAAAUUGAUAAGAGUAUUUAUUCCUUUUAAUUUUGUCAAAAAUCUGUUGACUUUAAUUUAUUACUCUAAAAAUUAAGGUGUAUUUAAUCUUGCAAAAGAAUCAAUCAAUCAAUCAAUAAAAUAUAUAUCGAAUAAUAAUAAUUAACCGCGCUCCCUUUUUGACAUAAAGAAUUUAAAGUCUACAAAUAUUGAUAUAGGUUAUUUUAUGUAAUAAUAAGCUAAGAAAGAUAGCAUUUAUAGUUAUAAACAUGAGCUCGAUUAGAAUUUUGAGAAUUUGUUGUAGGAAAAUUUUAAACAUAAAACUCCCAGCGAAUAUUGGUUGUACACAGUCUAUCAUAUAAUGAUUAUCUUGAUUAUAGCUUCAAGCAAAGAGAAUGAAGUUAUUGAUUUGAUUAUUGGGAUUAUAUUUUUAGUAGUUUAUAUCUUUUUAAAUUUUAUGCUGCAAAAGCAUAGCUCGAAGAAUUCUAUUAAAUACAACAUAGUCUUCUUGAUUUUGUUUAUAGUGAUAUGCGUACUAACAUACAACACUUUCACACUUCUUAAAAUGUUUAUAACAAGCUCAUCAGAAAAUUCUUUCAAAGUUGUAUUGUAAAUUGCCUUCCACUCAUAUAUUACUGCCAUUUUUUCUGGGUUGGCACCAUAAUUUCGAAGUAUUGGAAGGCUAGACUUGUAUUAUCUAUCAGUUUUAGUUGCAAAUUUUAUUUAUAUUGCAAUAAUUAUUUACUAAAAGUAUUCUUAAUAAAUAGAUGUUAGCAUCUAAAACUGUGUUUUAGACGUGUUAGCUGGAUUAAGUAACUUAUUUCUAAACUAUUGCCUCUACUUUAACUAAACAUAUAACUUAAAUUUUAGUAAAUUUCUCUCUUACUAAAAAGAUUUAAAUGAACAAAAGUUUAAAAAGCUGGAAUUUUUUAUAGCCUCUUUAGACAAUUAAGAAAUAAUUCUAGUUAAGCACAAAUAAUCUGAUGCAAAUCAGAGCAAAUAAAUUUUAGAUAAUGAGCUUAUUAAUGCUAAUCAAAAUGCUAAAGAACACUUAAAUUAGAUGCAAAGAGUUUUUUUUAAUAUUUAGAAUUACGAGACAGAAGAGGACAAAAAAAAAUUUAUAGAUAUAUUGUAAAACAAAUCUAGAAGAGAAAUUUAGAAGAAUCCUAAAAUGUUCACUUUUAAAUUGAAAUAAGGAUUUUAAGAAUCUUUUUCAGCUAACUUUAUUAGCUUUUAGGACUUUUAAGCAAGAUACAAAAACAAUCAAAUAGAUUUGGACAAAUCUGUAAAUUAUUAUGCAAUUUAGAUAGUAUAAAAUGACCGGCUUUUUCUGAAAAUAAGUAGAAAAUUUAUAAUUCUGCAAUAUUUUAUCAACAUUAUCAGAAAUUUCGCAAAAGGCGAUCCUUAAAGAAUUAAAAUAAUAAAUGUUUAUGAAGAUUAUUGUCAUAUAAUAUAAAAUGAGUUAGAUUUGUAUCGUAUCCUGACAUAUCCAAAAGAGAAGAUAAUAGAAACUAGCUAUGAUGAUGAACAAUAAAAUAAUUAGCAAAUCAAAUACACAGUUUAAUUGAUUGAAAAGAAUAUGACUACCUUUUUUUAGCUCUACAAAGAAUAAAAGAAACUUAAGGAUCAUUUUCUUUCAAUAAAUUUUUAAAAAAACUCUAUACUCACAAAAGAAAUCUACUUGACAAGUAUCCACAUAAUUAUUAACACAAUUAUAUCUUUUAUAAAUUACUACCAAAAGAUAAAUGUUGAGUUUAAGGAAGAAACAUAAAAAUUACGUUUAACUAUUAGCAUAUAAAAGUCAGACGAACAUAACGUUAAUGAUCAAAUAUUGAACAACAACAAUAAAAGUAUCGAAGAAUCUUUCGAGAACAUAAUUAAUAAAGUAAAAAAGGUGAAAAAUUCUGAAAACGAAUAAUAUAAUUAUUCCAAGCAGUCAUAAAAAAAUAAUUUAAUUUAUAAUUUUUACAUUACAAUAUAGUCAAAGAAAGAUUAAAAUAGUAACUCAAUCAUUGAAAAUAACUUAAUCAAUAAUAUCAGCAAUUAAGACAGCUCUUUUCUUUUUAAAAACAGUAAAUAUCCCUCCUCUUAAAAUUAAAGUGAUGGUAAAUAAUAAUAAAGAUAAAAUGAAUAAUUCCAUAGAAAAAAUUAGAAAGAUUAUACUUUUGCAGAAGUUCAACCAACAAACUAAACUUAUUUAAAUUUAAUAUGA